GGGCUUCCACUUAUUGACCCCGGUUCAUCCGGACCGGUCUGGUCCAGCCCUAAAUGUUCCCGACCCCCACCACCUUCUUGAUUGGUAAGAAAACAAAGAGGGUAAAGAAAAAAAGCGCCACAGUGAUCCCCGUAGAAGCGAGACAGUCGGAGAAAGAUGGAGGAAGAGCAUGGCAACAGCAAUGUUAGUAGUAUUAGUAACUUGGAGACGGCGAAGGCGGAGAGAUCGGUGUGGCUGAUGAAGUGCCCGGUGGCGGUGGCCAAGUCCUGGCAGAGCCAUCCCCACUCCGACCCCCACCCCGUCGCCAAGGUCGUCCUCUCCCUCGAUCCUCUUCACCCCGACGACUCCUCUUCCCUCCAGUUCACGAUGGAGAUGACUGGCACUGAUGCGGGGAAGAUUCCAAAAAGUUAUUCUUUGAAUAUGUUCAAAGAUUUUGUUCCUAUGUGUGUCCUUUCUGAGGCAAAUCAAGGGAAGGUUGCAAUAGAAGGAAAGGUAGAGCAUAAGUUUGACAUGAAGCCCCAUGGUGAAAACCUUGAAGAGUACGGCAGAUUGUGCCGUGAAAGGACAAACAAGUCCAUGAUAAAGAAUAGACAAAUACAGGUGAUUGACAAUGACCGUGGCGUACAUAUGAGGCCCAUGCCUGGAAUGAUCGGCUUGAUUUCAUCCACUUCCAAGGAUAAGAAGAAAACGGCACCAGUUAAGCAAUCAGACAUGAAAAGAACUAGAAGGGAUCGUGGGGAACUGGAGGAUAUAAUGUUCAAACUAUUUGAAAGACAACCAAAUUGGGCCUUAAAGCAGCUUGUUCAAGAGACUGAUCAACCUGCGCAAUUCUUGAAGGAGAUACUGAACGAGCUGUGUGUGUACAAUAAAAGAGGAACCAACCAAGGAACUUACGAGCUUAAGCCAGAAUACAAGAAAUCUGUUGAAGAUACAAGUGCUGAAUAAAAAAAGUACCUUCUCUUACUGUUAAUGAACUCUUUUUUAUUUAUCUUUCUCCAAGUGAAGCAGGAAAGAAACAAAUUCACAAGUUAAGAUAAGUUUAGGUCAUGGAGGGAGGACAUCAAAACACCAGCAAGAAGAUAUUAAUCCAAGAAACCUGCUUUAGAUAUACCUCGUUCUCUUAAAUUCACAAAUGCAGUUUGUAUACAAUCUUAGUUUUAAUUCAAGGGGCACAGUUAUAUAAAAUAUAUUCUUCCACAAA